AAAGGGAAAGAAUAAAAGGAAGAAAAAUGUCAACCUCAAAUGAAUCAACAUCAUCAUCAUGUUCUUCCUAUGCAUCUUUAUUUACUGAAAAAGAUAAAGCGAUUUCUAGUGACGAAAAUGAAAGAUUGAAUUAUUCAAGACUUAUUCGCUUUGUAAUGGGUAUUGGUGCUGACACUUUAAGAAAAUUUUUCAAAAGUAUCCAUGUUAACUGGGGGAAUCAGCCAUCUGACGCCAGUGCUCUUAAGAAAGGUUCCUUACAACUGUUACCUUAUCAAGAAAAAGCAUUUUAUUCUGGUGAUAUCAAUGAAUGGGAUGUGGCUUUGCUUAUUAGGGUAUUGAGGUUUACCACCAAAUGUGCAGCUAAAGUAAGAAGAGAUUCAAAUAUAGACAAUGCUUUACAAGGCAUUGCCACUGUACGCAAUACGAUUUUUCAUGCACGUGAUGAAAAAAUGAGUGAUGAUGAUUUUGAAAAGCAGUGGGAGAAGCUGAAAGCCAACUUUAUUGUCUUAGGUUGCUCUGAGACUGAAAUUGAUGAAGUAUCAGUAGAUCACACUGAAAGAAGUUUACAACAGUACAAAAUGCUAUUUUUGGAAGAAGUAGCUGCUCUUCAACAUUAUUACAAAAAAAACUGUUCUGAUGCUGAGAUAAGGAAGGGUGAAAAACAAGAGGAAGACGUGCAAGAUGCUAUCCCAAAUCCUGAGUGGGAUGGCUGGAUUCAACUUCUUCGUGGAAUGAAUAAUUUUAACCAAUCACAAACAAAUUUGGUAUUAGUGUCAGACGUGAUGACGUCAGACGAAUCAGAAAAUUUUAAGGUUUUAGCGGCUGUACCAUGGAGUAUGGUAAUUGAUUUUGAUCCAAAUUCUGAAGAUGAAGGUUUGUAUAAGAUUUUCGAUUCUCAAGCAUUACUCCCACUUAUGCUUCAACCUUUCACACCUGGCAGGAUAGGAAAAAUUAAUGUAUCUGAAUUACAGAGGAAAAUUGACUCCAAAAGAAUACUGUGGCUGUUUGCGAAUGGAAGAAAAAUCGACGAUAAAGAAAGUCAGCCUAAAUUUUUUCCAGCCUGGGAAAGGCAGGAUGUAAAAAAUAUUGCAAAGUUUUUUGUCUGUUGUGCUGAUUCGUUCGAUAAACAAAAGCCAAUAAGAUGUCUUGCUCUUCCAAUAUCACCAUCAGCGUUGCCCUUCGUCGAAGUUACAAUGAAGCGAUUUUUCGAACACUUUUCAGAUUUCAAUAUUUCAUCAAUUUCCAUUGAUAACAGUUGCGAAAACUCCAGCUUGAACAAGGACAUUCAAGUGUUUGCUAUGUCAUCUAGUGACUUAAACAAAGGGAUGAAACAAUUGUUUAAUUUUCGUGAAGAUUCCCUAAAAUAUGAGAUGCCCUGUUUCCAGUCUGAGCUUCGUGUCUCUUUAACACAGAAAAAUUAUGUGUACAUGAAAGAGUAUUUAAAACUGUUCUACAUUGGCUGCGAACAAAAGUUCAUGUAUCCAGAUGAUGAAAAAAAACAAAAGAAAACUAUUGAAGAACAUCGAGCAAGCUUUCUCUCUGGUAAUUCGAUCUCGUUUCUCAGCUUGUACUUCAACCAUGAUGCCAAGCGUUCCAAGGAAAAAGAUAUUGAAAUCCACAUUCAACGCAUGAUUGAUCAGCGUUUGCUAAAGCACAGCAGCAUCGUUCAAAUUGCUCACUCUCCUGGGACUGGGGGCUCCACAAUUGCCAAAAGAGUGCUUUGGAAUCUUCACAACAAUUUUCCGUGUGCAUCGGUAAAGCUUUCUGAUGAUUUUAAUUUCGAAGAUGAAACAAAUUUUUUGCCAGAGUUAUCAAAUCGAAUUGCUACUUUGGAAGAUGAAUGUGGGGUAUCCCCAGUUAUUCUUGUAGAUGGUCGACGGCAGUGGAAAGUCGAUUUGUUGAGCCAUAGUAUUGUUCGCUCCUUGAAUAGUCUUGGAAAAAGAGCAGUUAUUCUUCAGUGCUGUCAUGGUAGCAAAGUUUCACCAAACGGAGAUGUGCACAAAGUGUUCCAAAUUAAUUCAAACUUGGAAGAUAAUCCUGAUGAUCUAAAAGAAUUCAAAGAAAAAUAUAACGUAAAUGAUCAAAUAGCUCGUCGAGUAUUUCAUUUUCCGUUACUGUCAAUGAUGAAGGAAUUUUCUGCAAAACUUAAGGAAAUUGUGACAAACACGUUGUAUGACCUGAGUGAUCUAGAGAAAAACAUAGCAGGCUUGGUGGCCUUUCUGCAGAUAUAUGCCGAUCAACCCACUCCAGCUUUUCUCCUGUACGAAAUGUUCAGAUCUCAACUUCGUAUCGACAAAGGUGUUCAGGUCACAUAUCAAGAUAUCAAGAAGUGUUUUUCCAAUGAUUUACUUAAUCUCAUGAUUCGUCAAGAGAGGGAGAGUAACGCCAGAUAUACUCUUCAGCAUCAUGUUGUAGCAACUAUUCUUUUUAAAAAAUAUCUGGAGAAAAGACGACAAAAUUUGUACGAAUAUGUUUUUUGGUUUUUGAACUCUUCUCCUAUUAACAAUAUGAAUAAAUUUGUUGAAUUAUAUUGCGACCUUUUUCUUUUCAACAAAGGUGGGACGAAAGAACGAAAUUUUUCAUUUUUGAUCGAAGAGUUAGGAUCCUUCAGUAAAACGAAAACUGCCAAAAUCUUUCGUAAAGCUGCUGAAAUCAUUCCUGAUCCUCGACCUUGUGGACAUGCUGCCCGCUAUCAUGCCAGAAUGUCUCCUCCAAAGUUUCAAGAAGCCGAAGAAUUAAUAUCAAAAGGAAUUAAAUUAUCUGAAACUUAUGGCAGGGUGAAGAGUAUUCACGACAGCAAAGGUAUAUUGCUUUCCAUCAUGUUGCGGCACAAGGUUCAAUAUAAUGAAAUAAAGGACAUAGAAUGUUUGGAAAGCUUGGCCAAUAUUGCAAUUUCCGAGUUUCGAUUUGCUCGAGAUUUCCCUCCAACAUUUACUUCUCCUCUACUAGGUGAGGUAGAUGUUUGGACUUCCUGUAUUCAAUGGAUCAUCCAAGAUCAUGAUUCAGAUGUAGAGAAAGCUGUGAAAUACAUUUUGAACGGAGCACCGUCAUUUUUUCGAACAUGUAUUAGUGAUUCGUUUAAUCUUCUUGAUAUUGUUGAUGAUAUUAUGUUUUCCACAGUAUCAAUUCAAGCCGAUUUAUCUGAGCUUCGACAACGUACACAAAAUUUACGGUUGACUUUGAUAUGCUUUUUGACCAAUGAGGGAUGGAGAAAUCGCAAUAGAGUUUUUAAAAGUCAUGGUAAUGUUUUUGCCUUCAUAGGCAAUUAUAAAUUACCAAAAAUUAGUUCAAAAGAGGCAAAACGUAUAAGAGCCCAGGUGCUACUUAAAUCAAAUCGGAAUCAGCCUUUGAAAAAAAAUGAAAUGAGUGAGUUGAUGAAAUUGUUGAAUGAUCUUGUGAUUGAUGGAAAGGAAGUUUCUUUUGCUUCCAGUUUCAUAUCACUGAGUUUGGAGGGAAAUGGGCCAAAGUUUCAAUCCAUGGAGAGACUCUGGAAGGUGUGUCGUGAUUGGUUGGAAGUACCAAAUUUGCUGGAUCCAAAGCGAUUUUACUUUACUAUGGUAAUGGCGUUCAUUCACAUUUUGAAUGGUGAAGAUCGCAAGGAAUACAUUGCUGAGUACAAAAGGAUGGUGACUAAACUUAAAGAAUUGUCACGUACACAUUGUAGAAGUUAUCGAUUUGUACAUUUCUUGAAGAAGAACGGCAAGGGAGAAUCGCAACUUGUGCCUGCCUCUGACUACUUAAGCUACAAAACAGAAGAUCUGGAAACUGAAAGUUUUUGGAAGGAAUAUUCUAGACAGAAGCUAAAAGAAUGUGCUGGUAGACUUCGUGUUCAUACCAAGGGAACAAAAAAGGUCACAAAGAUCGAGCUUCUUGAAGGUGGUAUUGAACUGCACGUUAACAAAGAUGAUAUUGGUGUUCCAGAUAAAGAUUUUAAUGAAGAUUCAAAAGUUUAUUUUGUCGUUGGCUUUCAGUUAAUUGAGCCUGUUGCAAAGGGAAUUACAUUCCAUCCUUAUGAACAGUCUAAGAAAACUUGAUUGAAUGUUGUGGUAGAAUUUUGCAAGAUUUUUUCGAUUUGUUAUGUAUCUCUUUAAUAUAAAAAAGGAAACUCAAAAAUAUGUCAUAUAUAUAUACAAGUAUAAUAUCUAUAAUGAAAGCGUGUGAUUAACAGUUAACGAUCGUGAGUAGCACUGUUUUAAACCCAAUAACAUCAGACAUUUUUUUAAUUUAUGCAGUUUUUACUUUGCCAGUCGUGUAGUGAUGCUUAUGGUUCUUCCACGAACGUUUGUAUUUAAUGAUUUUAUGAACAAAACUUUUAAUUUUUAGAAUUAAUAUACAUAAUAUAAGUGCUGGUAGCGAUGUACAUUGUAACUUUUGCUGGUAACGAUGUACAUUGUAACUUUUAAAUUUGAUAACUAAAAACAUUACUACAGUCAAUAUCGAUGUAUGUCUUCUAUUUCUAUUAGUUUCGCAAGAUGAAAUGUUCGAUAAGCGAUGUGCUCUUUGAGUAUUAUUUUAAUAUUUUUAAUAAACGCGCAUUUCCAAUGA